UAGGUCAAGUGGUCGACGGUACAGCUCAACAUGGGGAAGCAGAACAGCAAGCUCCGACCUGAGGUGAUGCAAGACCUGCUGGAGAGCACCGACUUCACCGAGCACGAGAUUCAGGAGUGGUACAAGGGCUUCCUGAGGGACUGCCCCAGCGGGAACCUCUCCAUGGAAGAGUUCAAGAAGAUCUACGGAAACUUCUUUCCCUACGGAGAUGCUUCCAAGUUUGCUGAACACGUCUUUCGCACUUUUGACGCCAACGGCGACGGGACAAUAGAUUUCAGGGAGUUUAUCAUUGCGCUGAGCGUGACGUCACGCGGAAAGCUGGAGCAGAAGCUGAAAUGGGCCUUCAGUAUGUACGACCUGGACGGGAACGGCUACAUCAGUAAAGCUGAGAUGCUGGAGAUUGUACAGGUUAGUGUCAUCUGGAUUCAAAUGCACAUAAUCUGACAUCACAGCUGGUUUAGAUGUGUCUAUUAUUGACAUAUCCUUGUGUUCACACCAACAGUGAACAAGCUUUCUUGUUUUUUAAACUCUGCAUGUCUUCUCCAUCAUAUCCAUCUCAAAUAGAAAAAAUAAACAUGUGCAGCACACCGCCGUAAAUACUA